AAACCCUGAGAAAAAUGGAUACAGCUUCUGAAGAAAAUCUAGCUCAAAGAAUAAAUAAUACAAAAGUGAGAUGGGUAAUACCGCAAAGGUUAGACUUUAUUACAUUUAUUGGUAAACAAGUAUUAGCGAUUGCACACGACAUAUACAUAAUAUUUUACAACUUUAAAACCAAAAGUGAAAUUGUGUAUACUGCAAACAACCACAUUAACGGUGAUGGAGUCGAUGUUAUUGCAGGACACAGGUCGAACAUUUUCGUGUUCGCUGAAAAAGUUAACAACCCGAGGAUCUUCGUCUUAUCAUAUCCCAGAUUUAACCAACUGGCACUACUUAAAGACUUAGACGUGAACAGAUACAAGUCGCUUUGCAUGAUGGAAGGAGACUUGAUAGCCACAUUCUCUGGUUUCCCCAACUAUCUGUUGACGGUGUGGAACUGGCGGACGCAGCAGAGACUAGUGGCUCUUCCUACCGGCGUCAUAAGGCGAAAACAAAUUUACAUGGCAAGUCACACACACAUGCUGGUGUGCGAAUGUUGGGGUGAGGGUCUGAUCGUGUGGGAAGUGGCGCAGUGCUACCGACGCUGCCUGGUGCUGCGCCGCGCCAAAGAGGAGGUUGUUGGCUGGGAGAUCUCCGAGCCACCGCUCAUCGACGUUUGCUGGACUAGCGAUGGACAGCUUUAUGCCAUAGAUAAGGAUGCUAAUUUGUACAUUGUACUCUCGGACGGCAUAGGGAUGGUGACGCACCUGGAGUGGUCGGAGAACCUGACAGGCUCCGACAAACCCAGCGUCUGCUCCUUUGGGAAUGGCGUCCUCAUCUACGGACCCGAUCAAAGGCUUCGUUUGUUAAAGAAAUCUGAGAGCAAAUGGAAAGUAUCGUGGACGUACGUGACGUCAGAGGGUGUGGUGCGGCUGGUGUCCAACACGAGCAGUGACAUGGCCGCCAUGUGGACGCAGAGCGGCCGACUCUACCACAUCACAGAGGCAGAUGACAAAAUUGAAGUCGUGCUACAUGUUUAUAGGCAAAGGAACAUUAUUAAAAUUCAGUUGAUCGCGCCAGAUAAUAAACAUCUUGCUACAAUGAAUGAAACAGGAGAGAUUUGUAUUUACGAAAUACUUACUGGUAAUUUGAUAUUAAGAAAAAGUGUGACGGGAAAUGACGUUUCGUUUCAAGCCAGUCCCGUGGACCCGCUGAUCAUUAUGUUUGGCGAACUGGGCGUCAACUACGGCAUGGGACUGUUCACGUUCACCCCCGAGGCGGGGCUGGAGCGGGUGGGCAGCAUGUGCCUCACGCAUCAGAUAGUGUCGCAGAUCGUGUUCUCUCCCACGGGCAGGCACGUCACCGCAGUCGCCGCUUCUGCCGGACAUAUAUUUGUGUUUCAAUUGUCGGAGCAGUACAAGCUGACACUGGUGCGGUACACGGAGCUGGGCCGCGGGCUGGCGGACAGCUUCCUCAUGAAGGUCGGCGACUCCAUGCGCUCCUUCAACCUCGUACUCUUCUCAGACAAGUAUGCCAUUGGGGAACGUAUCAUGUGCAUCAACGCUGACAAUGGCAAGGACAACAAAUUCGCGGGCAAAAUGCAGGGUCCGUACGCGCAGCUACUGCCUCUGGCGCAGGCGGGCUGCGCGCUCGCCGUGCCGCAUCUCACCAACCAGCUGCACGUGCUGCGGCUCUCCGGCGAGAAAGGCGUUACAGUAUCGGUAAAGAUGGGCCCGGUAUUCGAAUCGGGGCAUGACCUGAAGCACUGCAGGGGUUACAUUAACAGCGCCGCCCUCAUCACUUUCAGCUAUGAUGGUACAGUCAUUUUGAGGAAACCGGAAGCUCCCGUCGAAUAUGAAUCAAAGAUAAUUGUUUCGCACCGCUACGAGAGUGGCGUUCAGCAAGCGGUGGUGGACACAAACCUGGAAUACUUGGCACACCUGAGCGGCAACGGCACCGUGGCGGUCACCAUGCUCAACGUCCCAGCGCGCCUCUCCGCACCUACUCUCUUCAUCGAUUACCAUCCUAUCGAGCUGUUCACGGAGCCGCCUGCAACAGAAAUCUUCAAGGAUGAUGAAAAAAUAAAUAUAUUUGAUGAGUUUGAGAAGAAUUACCUGGACAUCCAAGAGGAGAAGCGCGUGCACACGGAGGCGAUGGACUACAGGCGCGCGCGAGAGGACGUAGUGCGCGCGCUGCAGGCGGUGCAGGAGCGAGCUGUGGCCCUGCUGGAGGAGAACUUGCAGGCACCGCCGCUGCACCGCUUGCCCAUCUCCGAGUUCAACCUGCACGCUGAGAACAAGAAGGAGCGCCUCAAGCAGGCAGAAAAAGAACGCGAGGAGAUACGAUUGCAGACAGAAGCCCGCAUCCGCGCUCAGGACAAAGUGACCGCAUGGAUUAAAUCCCAAUGCUGGGACUCCAUGGCCACGCCGCGUGUCAAGAUUUUUGCAGUUUUCAGUCAUUAUUACGUAGAAAAUUACGCGGUGCUGCCGAACCAACGCGAGCAGUGGCCCGAGCUGCAGGUGGUGGAGGCGCUGCGGGCGCUGGAGAUGGAGAGCGACCACGAAGUGUUCCGCCCCUGGGAGGAGCCGGCCACGCCCGCACUCGAAAUUACAUCCACACACUUUACUUACAUCCGCAGGAUCCGCGAGUCGCUGGGUUCAAUGCGGUCGAUGGCGCACAGCGUGGAGAGCCAGGCGGUGGCGGCGGUGGCGGCGGAGAGCAGCGGCUCUGGCUCUGCGGAGGGUCAGCCUUACGCGCUCUCUGGCACCAACACGCAUCUCUUCGUCACCGUGCCGGCCGCCAUGCUGCCGCAGACGCUCGCCUACAGCUUCCUGCACAUGGACAUGCUGCAGCACCUCGCCUUGCUGAACGCGCAGAAUUUGAGGCUUUGGUUCAACCACCAAUUCGAUGAUCUCAUGGGUCUCAAAAAGCGGGAAGUGGGACUGGUCCAGGAAAGGAAUUCGAGACUCCGGUUUAUCAUUCAAGAAUUAAACACAUUGUCCGAUCUUCGCGGUAGCUUUCAUCACCUGACCAUCCAGAUAACUGAUCCCGAGUGGCGACAAGAGGAGCAACCGCAUAGGCUUAUUAAAGUCGACCCGGAGGAGUGCAGUAUUCCGCCAUACGUGAGCCCGAGCCAGAUAUUCAUCCCGCCGCCGCCGCCCGGCCCGCCCGACGACUUCCGCGAGCGCGCGCUCAUCGAGAUGAUGGACGGCGUACUCGAGAAGCUUUGGCACGAGGAGAUAAAGAAGCCCAUCCCCAAGCCCCAGUGCAUGCUGGACAAGGACCCGGAGCACUUCAAUGAGGACGACUUGCGGCUGGUAUUUGAGUACGAGGCGAAGGUGGCGUUCCGCGAGGAAGAGCGUGACAAGUACCGCAAGAUGCUGCACGCCGAGUACGCUAAACUCUCCCAGCUCCUCAACGAGGGCAUCGUCAAGUUCAAUCAUAAGGUAAAGGAAAUGUGGCUUACUAGACUGAGAAUCGACUCAGCUAUCGGACAAGAGAAUUUAAACCUGAUGCGACUGCGGCGAACUAACUUGGAUCGAAUUGAAUUGGCUGAAGAAAUAGAAGAUAUGAGGAGGGACAUAGCGCGAUACGAGUCGGAGAUAGAGAUGCUGCAGGGAGAGAGCCAGCAGAUCUCUGUGCAGAGCGAGGAAUGUACGGCGGCGCACGAGGCGCUGGUGCAGAAGGACCGCCACUUCGACAAGACCUUCAAGAACCAUUUCGCUGAUCUUUCCCCUAUCAUUGUAGAACAGUGCUACAAGUUCUAUAAGAAGCGACCUAAGUGGCAGAACCGCGCGGGGUUGAGCGCGAGCGUGCUGCAGGAGCUGGCGGCCGCAGUGCUCGCCGCCACGCGACCUCCGCUGCUGCCUCCCGAUGCAUUGGAUUUCUUACGCGCGUUAGAGCAGCUGGAUCUAGUGAGCAACAUGCCACCAGUCAUGGACGAGAACCUUUGGACCAAUAUGUGCAAGCUACGCCGCGCCAAGAUCGAAAACGAAAUGAGGAUACGAGCGGCGGUGCAGGAGAUGGCGUUAGUGGACAGCACGGCCAUGACGUGGGGCAAGGCGGUGCAAGCGCGGCGAGCAGCGCUGACCGCCCUGCACGAGCGCAUCGUGCAGCACCGCCACAAGGCGGAACUGCUCUCCAGAAACAAGACCAUACAGUUGGUGCUGCCUGCCGGGCAAGUUGAGGUGGUCACUACUGGUCAUAUGGAAGACUUCGAUGACGCUGCUCUUAUUUUACGCGAGGACAUUGAACGCAUCAACGAAGUUAUUCUUAAAGUUGGUGAAAUGAAGCUGAACAUGAUGCGGAGGCAGAUGGAGUACCGCAAGGGUAUCCUCGCAAAGGAGUGGGAACACGCACAGAUGAAGAUGAAGCUGCGCCACAUGGAGCAGGAACUAUACUCCUAUCAACGUCUUAAGAUACCAAAAGAGCUGCAGCUGUACCUGAAGAACAAGGAGCUGGGAUGUACAGACGAGCAGCAGUACGUGCGCAUGGAGCGCGACAUGGAGGCCAGCCGCCGCGCGCUCGACCGCAACCUCACAGAGCUCAUCCGCAAGCACGAGGAGAUGGAGCUAAAAUGCACGGCGUUAACAGCAGACAUCGAUAAGCUCAAUCAAAUCAUAGCAAAACUAAACCUGAGAGUAUCUGAGAAGAGACUCUCCGAAGACCCGCUGCAGCCGAUUCGUGUUAGAAAGAUUUUCAAGAUGAGAAUGGAGACGCUGGUGGCUCGCAGCCAGCUGGUGCGCGAGGUGCAGGCGCAGCACACGGAGCUGGUUCUGCUGCAGACGGAGCUCGAGUUGCUGCGUCUGCGCACCUACCCCACGCUCGCCACAUUCCGCACUAUACCCUGA